CGAUGAGCUUGAUCAUCAGCAGUGCCGUGUGUUCACUAGCUCUAAUUUUGACGUGUCUCCGAGUACUGGUCGCCGCUUACAAUGACUUCCCGUCGUUGAUUACGUCCAACGCGAGCAUGGCCGUCAUCGUGGAGAAGAGUUUUUUCAAAGAUGUCGAGGAUUACCGUAGAAGCAUGUCGCAAAUGUCGGACCUGAUCGCCGACGUGACGAGAAUGCACAUGAAAUCAAGCGGCUUGGCGUACACGAUUUUCGGCGACACCAACGUAAAUCUCGGAAGAGAUUACAUCGUUUUGCUGUCUGUGGCCAGCUGCCAGUCGACUUGGCAGCUUUACAAACGAGCUCAGAAGGAAAAACUCGCCUACCUCGCCAUAACAGAUCCUGACUGUCCGAGGCUACCGGAAGGUCACGGAUUAAGCAUGCCGCUGCUUCGUCCGGGUGACGAGUUAUCGCAGAUCUUCUUCGAUCUCCGCAUGACCAAGACGAUAUCCUGGCCGAGGAUCAAUUUCAUCUACGACGAUACUUUCGAACGCGACAUGAUAAGCCGAGUCGUCAAGGCCCUGUCGAUCGAGCUGCCCAAUCGAGAUCUCACUCUGUCGGCGCGCGCCCUCUUCUCGACCAAGUACGAGCGCGACGAGGCGGCCAUGCUCAAGCUGCUGCACGAGACCCUCGCGAACUUUCGCCUCGACGAGCUGGGCAGCUGCUUCAUGGUGAUCGUGAGCGUCGACAUGAUCGAGGCGGUGCUGCGCGUCGCCAGGCAGCUCAGGAUGGUCAACCCGGAGAGUCAGUGGCUCUACGUGGUCACGGACGCCUCGGGCCGCGAGGCCAAGGUCUCGUCGUUCGUCGACCUGCUCGCCGAGGGUGACAACGUGGCCUUCGUCCACAACACCACGCAGAUGUCGCGCGACUGCAACAUGGGCUUGACGUGCCACCUGAGCGAGCUCGUGCGAGCUUUGGCACUGAGCUUGGAGCAGUCGCUGCACGCCGAGCUCGAACUUUACGAGCGAGUCACCGAGGAGGAGUUCGAAGUUGUUAGACUGUCAAAAGCCGAGCGUCAAAGGGAAAUCAUUAGUAACGUUAAUAGGCUACUGCGCAAAGAUCGCAGCUGGGCCGACUGCGGCGAGUGCGUGUCCUGGUCCGUGACCUCGGCCAUUACCUGGGGCACGUCGUACGGACGCAACGAGAGCAGUGCCAGUGGCCAUACAGCUUCGAGAUCCGAGGGAUACCUGAUCGACACGGGCAACUGGGCGCCGGCCUUCGGCGUCAACAUGACCGAGCCGCUCUUCCCGCACGUGAGCCAGGGCUUUCGGGGCAUAAAUCUGCCCGUCACCUCGUACCACAAUCCACCGUUUCAAGUAAUAAGCCAAACGAGCUCGGGCGGUCUCCAGUACAGCGGAUUAAUCUUCGAUAUUUUGAAUCACCUGAGUCUGAAAUUGAAUUUCACGUACACGAUGCAAUUGCUUCCCGGCUUCUCGCCAGUAGCAGCAGCGGCAGUAGCGAAGGAAACGGCGGCGAGUUUUAUGACUGACAACCUUGACGUACCGACGUCCCACGCGACUCAAGUGCCGCCUCAGCUGAUGGAGCUCGUGCGUAAACGCAAAGUCUUCCUGGGCGCGAUGGCAAUAACCGUAGGCGACAAUCUGCCUGGCGUCAAUUUCACCGCUACGGUCAGCACGCAGACCUACGGUUUGAUGCAGGCCAAGCCCGAGAUACUCUCGCGGGCUCUGCUCUUCGUGGCGCCCUACACCAACGAGGCCUGGGCUUGCUUGAUCUCGGCUCUCAUCCUGACCGGGCCCUUUCUUUAUCUCAUGGUGAAGUGGAGCCCCCUGAGCGCCGACGAUCGCGGCAGCCUCGGCCUGGCCACCUCCUGGCAAUGCUCCUGGUACGUUUACGGCGCUCUGCUGCAACAAGGUGGGAUGAAUCUACCCAAGGCCGACAGCGCGCGACUAGUCGUGGGCACUUGGUGGCUCGCCGUGAUGGUCGUCGUGGCCACGUACUCGGGCAAUCUCAUAGCCUUCCUCACGUUUCCGCGCACCGACGCGCCGAUCGAUAGCGUCGACGAUCUGCUCGGUCGCAGCAACGAGUUCGUCUGGUCCUUUGCCAACGGCAGCGUCGUCGAGAGCUAUCUCUCGCUCGCGGCCGCCAACGGUGACGUCAAAUACAAGGAGCUGUUUGAUGGAGCGACGCGUCAGGAAACGUCGAAAGCAGCGAACAUUUUGGAAUCCGUAAAACGCGACAAGCUCGUUUAUAUCGACUGGAAGAUGUCGCUGGAACAUCUCGCGACUUCGGAUCUCAAGAGCACUGGUGGCUGCAAUUUACACGUCGGCGCCGAGGACUUUUUGCCGGAGAACCUGGCGAUGAUGAUCGCCGGCGACAGUCCCUAUCUGUCCUUGAUCAAUGACGCGAUAAAGCGUAUGCACGAGUCGGGUCUGAUAAAGAAGUGGACCGAGGAUAGGCUGCCACCGAAAAACAAGUGCCACGGAAACAUGAAGGGUCAAGAGGCCACGAAUCACAAGGUCAACAUGGGCGACAUGCAGGGGAUAUUUUUCGUCUUGGCAAUCGGAUUCACGGUGGCGGCGAUUUUCAUCGGUACGGAGCUCGUGUGGCACAGAAAAAAAGAAGCUGCCGAGAAAGUCUUUAUCAAGCCAUUCGUCUCUUGAAAUUCUUCUUCUCGCUGCCUGAACAAUACAUUAUUCACGC